CUCCUCCUGUAAAUUUUGAGAACAAAAGAAGCUAAACUCGAAGAAUGCAAUGCUCCUGCAUUUCCUUGCCCUCAAAUUUGAAACUCGGACCUUCCGUCUCCAAAUUCAAGCUAUCAUCAAAUCUUAAAGUGGAGGCCAUUGAUCUUGCUGCAAGAAUUUCACUUCCUUCUCAUGUGAAAGCCAUCACCAGCACCUCCAACCCCUUCGUCAAGCAUUGCGUUAAACUCCGCUUCAGUUCCUCUUAUCGCCACUUCCAUGGCUCCGUCAUCGUCGUCGGCGCUACCCCAAUUAGAGAAAUAUGCAAGUUUCAAGAGACUCUGCGUGGGAUAAGUUGUACAUUGGAGUGCCUACUUCUGCUAGAUGAAGUUGAGAUUCCUGAAGAACUUGUCGAUGUCUCUGUUCGUGUCGUGCGGGUGAGCCCGACUGUGAUGAAAAAGCUUUCUGGAAUGCAAUCAACAGAAUCUAUUGAUGCAAUUGCCCUCAUGAGAAUACCUGACAGUUUUUAUAGUUUAGAUGGCAAUUUAAAACAAGCACAUUGUAAAAGAUGGUUUCCAUCUCCACAUCGAAUACUAGUCCUUGAAGGAAUCCAGGACCCGGGCAAUCUUGGUACAUUAAUCAGGUCUGCUUUGGCCUUCAAAUGGGUAAGGUUAUUGGUUUGAAUAAUCCUUCUUUGAACCCAAUUUUCAAUGAAU